AUGGUGACAAAGGGGACGAGCCUUGCUCUCAAGGUCACACAACAGCUGGUGGGUGCCAGAGCCAAGUCCACACCCCUCAGACUUCCUGGAAUACAAACCAUCCUCUUGCAGAAAAAACACACCAAGUACACUUACCUCCGCAUUCCUUGGCUUCGGCAGCACCCCAUCUAUAUGAGGCGAAACACUGGCAUUCCAACCUAUGGACUCCGGCAGUCCAUCCUCGUUAAUAAACGGCUCCAGGACUGUUACGUGGACGCACCCACCCUCACCAACAUAUGGACUUCCAAAACGUGUGCAAACCCGAAUGUAGCUACCAAGGGCGGUCCCACCUCUUCUUGGGAAGUUGUCAAGAACCCUCUAGUUUCAAGCUCCUUCUCUCUGGUUAAGUUAGUCCUCCGGAGACAGCUGAAGGACAAAUGCUGCGCCAUACCUCCCAAGUUAGGUGGUGAGGGGAAGGCACGCAAGAUUCCAAAGGUCAAGACCAAGGGGACUGCCCCAGGGACAGCUGACCCAGAGGAUGAGAAAAGAGAGUCUGUCCCAGAGAAAAGCAAGAGCCCUUCCGGGAAACUGUCGGGCAUGUCAGAUGUGAUGGGGUCCAUGGGACCCAACAGUGAGGGCAAAGAAAGUCAAAAGGAAGAAAAUGGGGCAGUUGGUGAAGAAGUCCAGGAUGAGGCUGCUCCUCAGAGUCCCCCAGGGGAAGGGGAAGGAACCUCUGGGGAAAUCCAAGGCCUACUUCUAGAAACCAGAAGCCAACAAUAUUCCCAGGAUGCCCUCAUUAUCCAUGGGCUCUCUGCUGAGCGAUACACAGCCUUGUACCACUCAGUGGUGGAGCCCAUGCUGUGGAAUACAUCAGGAACCCCCAAGAGAUAUAGCCUGGAGUUAGGGAAGGUCAUCAAAAGGAGGCUCUGGGAAGCCCUGUGCAGUCAGGCGUUGGCCCCCAGCCCCGCAGGAGCAGGCCCUGGAAGCUUGCCGAGUGAUCCUAUCCCACUGGGGAAGCGCUCAGGUUCCAAACUGGAGAGAGAUGUCAGUGAGCAGCCUGCAGUGCCCAAGUGGCCAAAGUUGGAGUAA